GGUACCACUUAUUCAUUCAGAAACCACGGCAAGCAAAGGCAAUACCUGUGUUGCUGGAAAGACGAAGCUCAAGAGCUAUGACACUUGGAAGAUUUCAGAUCAGAGGAACAUGCAGGAGAUUGAAAGCACACUUUCUCAUGGCUCUGGCUCAGCUUGGUUACACAAUUCUCUAUUUCAUUACUGAAGCUUCCUUCAAGCGGGGAUUGAACCCCCAUGUCUACAUUACUUACCGGCAUCUUGUUGGUGGCUUGGUCAUGUGGCCUUUCGCCUAUUUCCUCGAAAGAAAAUUAAGACCGAAGCUGACAUGGGCAUUGUUCCUGGAAAUAUGUGUUCUUUCACUUCUUGGGGUCAGCCUAACACUGAAUAUGUACUUCGCAAGCUUGAGAUACACCUCUCCAACCUUUGUUUCCUCUAUGGUCAACACCAUUGCUUCCAUGACAUUUGUCAUUGCUAUUCUGCUUAGAUUGGAGCAUCUUGAUGUUAAGAGUCCUCCUGGUAUGGCAAAGAUAGUCGGGACCAUAGUUUCCUUGGCUGGUGUCACAACCAUGACAUUGUAUAAAGGACCAGCAGUCAGGAAUUUCACGAGAGCACUGAUUCAUAUACAAGGAAAUACCACUCAUGAAAAUUGGUUCAAAGGAUCAAUUCUUACUGUUGCAAGCUGCAUAACGUGGUCAGUCUGGUAUAUCAUGCAGGCAAUGACACUCAAACGAUAUCCUGCGCAACUUUCACUCACUACAUGGAUGAACUUUAUUGGGGGCAUACAGUCAGCUGUUUUUACUGUUUCUGUAGAGCACAAGCCAACAGCAUGGAUGAUUGGAUAUGACAUUGACCUUUGGAGCAUCUUAUAUUCUGGAGUCGUAUGUUCUGGUUUAAUAAUCUUCAUUCAAUUGUGGUGCACGGAGGAAAAAGGACCAGUUUUUGUGACUAUGUUCAAUCCUCUUUCAACAAUAAUGGUGGCACUUCUAGCAUACUUUGUUUUUGGUGAAAGAUUGUAUACAGGAAGCAUAAUUGGAGGUUUAAUUGUCAUCAUCGGUCUCUACCUGAUGCUUUGGAGCAAAGAAAGAGAUCAAGAAGAGCACAUGAAAUCCGAAAGUCCUUCUUUUUUGGCAUAUGGAAAAGAGGAGGCAGGCCAAUGUGAGAAUGAUGGAAAAGGAAAUGAUACAGAAAGAUCUCCAGAAGUUUAGACCUUGGAGACUUCACAUGCAUCGAACUCCCUUUCACCUUGGGCUGUGUCAGCCAUUACAUUAUUAUUGCUUAGGGAGGUGGCAGAUUGUAGUCAUGAUUAUAUUGCAAGGGGAGAAACUGACUAGGGAAGCUGGUUCAAAAGUACAGACACAAAUUUCAAUUACAAGCAUCACGACCGCCAGCUCGGUAAUAAUUCCUAGUGCAAAAAGCAGAUUGUUGCAUAUAUAGUGGCAAGCACAACAAUAUGAAUAUAGAUGAUAUGUUAGGGAGAAAAAGCAUGAGCCAAUGCACUGUUGAAAAUAUUUCUUUUCAAGUCUUCCUGACCUAAACAUUUCGCCCUUGCUUCUCUCCUCUGUUUUAGCCAUCAUUUGAUAGAGUUUGCUAUUCAUUAUUUCUUACUCAACAAAUUUAAUAACGAUUGAUGUUGGGGGAAAAAUGAAUUGCCCCAAAACAUGUGGGCGCAUCUCCGGCACGUGAUGAAGGCGUCCGACCUGAAGGCGCCCGACUUGAAGGCGCCCGAUCUGAGGGUGCCCGACUUGAAGGCGCCGGACCUGAGGGCGCCCGACCAGGAGGCGCCCGACCUGAAGGCGCCCGACCACAAGACAUCCGACUCCGAGCCCCGCGGCCCUGCAACCCUAAUCUCGGCCAAGUCGACCUCGAUCGACUUUGACCCUGAAGGAGACCCAGUCAGAGAACAAGGCAAACUCCUCCACUCUGCCAGGAACCGAGCCUUCUAGGGCCCCAUCCUGUGAUCUCCGCCUGAAUGGCUGUCAACAAUUAAUGCGCAUGGUCUUCACAGAUUUCCAGCUUACUCAACAAUAAAUGCGCAUGCCCUCCACGGAUCUCCAGCCUACUCAAAAUCUUAAACCCUCCACAACAACCAGUUGACUCACUCGGCUACGUCCAGUCAUCCACAACAACUCAUCAGCUCCAGUCUGGCUCUCCACGGCAGCGCAUUAAUUCACACGAUCGUGCUCCAUCAUGGCGGUAACUCAUUCAAUUCGCCCAGUCACAUCACAGGUAACUUUGUACCCUCCUAUAAAAGAAGAACCUCUCCCCCUUGAACGGGGAUCUUGACUUUCAGAACUUUGGCAUGUAACCUCUCUCUCCUUCCCCACAAAAGCCCUCUCUGACUUAAGCUUCAGAGGGCCGGCGCCGGAAACCCCGGCCACCGGCUUCUUGCAGGUCCCUUGGAGGACGCAGCCCGCCCACGUACCGCCACCCGCCAUUUCCUGCCGGAGCUCCUCCUUCUCAGCCAAUGGUCGCCCUCGGGUUCAAUUUCCAGCAACAAUUGGUGCCCUGGAACAUAUUUUACUAAGGAGCAGAAAGGGCUGCAUGAUAUAAUAUUUACAUAAAGAUAGUGAAUAGAUUUUUGAUAAACCCAAAACAACUAAGAUACAUAAAUCCAUCCAAGUUAAAUCUUUUCUAAUUAUGCUGUAGCAAGCAAGAAUGUGCCAUGUCAUUGCAUUUGAUGCAUUGUACGAUCAUAACUUCAUGCCUAGAAUUAUACCACUCGUUGCACAGUCCCUUAACAUUAAUAGAGGAUGUCUGUAUAACAUUUUAAGGAACUUCUUGAAUAUAAUUCUACAAAACAUCAUUACAAUGUA